GGCCGUGUUGUCCGUGGCUUCUUGUGAACUUCCAUCCCAUCGAACAUCUCAAAAUGUAAAAUAUUCAAAUGAAGAAGCCUUGAAACAGGCAUCUUUAGAUACUUUAAUUCUCACUUUUCAUGUGGACAUUGAACCAGAGUUUCAGUUUUGUUCUCAGAGUAAUCAUUCAUGCGGAAAAGCAAUUGAUUUAGUGAAGGCAAGUAGUGGAAAAAUCGAAUUCAAUAAUAUCAGGAUGGAAUGUAUUAAGUUGGGUGAAGUUCAAGUCUCAUUAUCAUUAGUGGUAAAAUCAGAGGAUGAGAUUUUAAGCCUUGAAAUUAAUGAUCCAUAUCAGCCAAAUCAAAAACACUUUCGUGAAACGUUUUGGAAUGCAAGAUUAAAAAGAUAA